GAGGCCGAAAUGGCCAGAACCCAAAAGAAUAAGGCAACGGAACAUCACUUGGGUAUGCUAAAAGCCAAACUGGCCAAGUUGAGGACACAACUGGUAGAAGCAAGGCCUAUAGGUGGUGGCAAAGGUGAAGCGUUUGAGGUUUCCAAGUGCGGAGAUGCGCGCAUAUGUCUCAUUGGUUUCCCUUCGGUAGGGAAGUCCACCCUAUCGAACGCAUUGACAAACAUGAACUCAGCAACUGCAGAUUAUGAGUUCACCACACUGACAUGUGUACCUGGUAUCAUGAUGUACAAGGCAGCGAAGAUACAGUUACUUGAUUUGCCAGGUAUCCUUGACGGCGCCUCAGAAGGAAGAGGUCGUGGUCGUCAAGUCAUCGCAGUCGCUAACAGUUGCGACCUCGUCCUCAUGAUCCUGGAUGCAACCAAGGACGACUCACAAAAGUGUAAGCUAGAGCGAGAACUGCACAACGCAGGGAUACGAAUAAACAGAAAGCCGCCAAAUAUCUCCUUCAAACAGAAGAAAACCGGUGGCUUAAAUAUCAACAACUUGGUACCUGUGAAACACCUAAACGAACGUGUUGUGCACUCGGUACUACACGAGUAUAAAAUAUUCCAUGCAGAUAUAAUCAUCAGGGAGGACGCAACUGUUGACGACCUAAUCGAUGUAGUACGAGGGAACUGCAAGUACUGCAAAUGCAUAUACGUCUAUAACAAAAUUGAUAUGUUAUCUCUAGAUGAAAUAGAAGAAAUUGCAAGGCGACCGAAUUCAGUGGUCGUCAGCAGCUCACGCCAAUGGAACCUGGAACUACUCAAAGAACGAAUGUGGGAUGAACUAGAAUUGAUGCGAAUAUACACCAAAAACAAAGGUGAAGUACCAAACUUCGAUGAACCGAUUAUUAUGACGCCACAAAGGGGUGAUGGCAGAGUCUCGUCCGCAGUGCAAUUAAUUCACAAAAAGCUGCUAGACGAAUUCAAAUUUGCACUGGUUUGGGGUACUAGCGUGAAGCAUAACCCACAACACGUUGGACUAAAGCACCAACUCAACGAUGAAGAUGUCAUACAAAUCUUCAAAAAACGUUAACUCAACCAAAGUGUAACACUCUCAAUCUG